AUAGAUAAAUAUAGAUAUAUAUUAGUUUAAAAAAAUAUUGUUUUAUCAACAGUGGCUACAGCCUAUCUAACUUGAAUUUUUUUCUGUGCCGAAAUUAGUGACAUCAUCUGUAUUAUAGUUUUACUAGAAAUUAUUCUAACCUGUUAAGAAAUAUCAUGAUACAAUAUAUUUUACUGUUCAGUCGUCAAGGAAAGUUGCGUUUACAAAAAUGGUAUUUUGCAAUUCCUAGCAAAGAUAAGAAAAAAAUUAUAAGAGAUCUAACUACUCUAAUCCUCUCGAGAAAACCCAAAAUGUGUAGUUUUCUUGAAUACAAAGACUUAAAAAUUGUAUACAAAAGAUAUGCUAGUCUUUUUUUCUGUGUUGCUUGCGAGCCAGGAGACAAUGAACUACUUACUUUAGAAAUUAUUCAUCGUUAUGUUGAAGUCCUUGAUAAGUACUUUGGAAAUGUUUGUGAACUUGAUAUAAUUUUCAAUUUUGAAAAAGCUUAUUAUGUGUUGGAUGAACUAAUCCUGGGUGGAGAAGUACAGGAGACAAGUAAAAAUACAUUAUUAAAAGCUAUUGCUAACCAGGAUGUUGCACAGGAGGAUGGCGAAAUACCUACUCUGAAAAACGUGUUAGAUGAAUUAGGGUUGUCCUAGAUGUGUUUUAGAAAAAAACUACUUUUUGAAUUAAAGAGUCGACUUGUUGACAAUUUAGAUGAAAUUUUUUAAAAACUUCUGAAUUUUUUUACUUCUUCUUUUUAUAACUGUUUAAGCACAUUUAUUUUGAGUUCAUGUUGAAACGUGAUCACUCAUGGGUUGUUACUUAUUAAUGUAUUUAUGUUAUUAUGUAUUUAUUAUUUUGGUUAUUUAAAUUGUAUUUA